CGCAUUUAAACCCAAAAAGCCUUACCCUCCUCAUCCUCACUCGCACAGGCACAGCACUGCCUCUGCUCCCAUGAAAUGUUGCUUCCUUUAACGCACCUCUACCCCUCGCUCCCCUCAAAACCCCUAACAGACCAAUCACCUUUGCCCUUCACCUUCUUCCCGUCACCGCUACCCAGAAACCCUAAGUUCCUCAUCCGGAGCUCCGCCUCCGACGCCCAAACCCUCCCCAAAUCCGCCAUCCAACGCAUCGCCGACAAGCUUCGCACCCUCGGAUUCACCGAAGACACCCAAAGCCCAAGCCCAAGCCCAAGCCCAGGCCCAGGCCCAAAUGAGAAGUCCGCCGGAGAAAUAUUCAUCCCUCUGUCCAACCGGUUGCCGAGACGCCGGGUCGGGCACACAAUGGAUACGAGCUGGUCCACGCCGGGGAACUCGGUUCCGGAGCCAGGCACGGGUACGGCGAUAGUGAGGUACAACGCGCUGAGGAGGGAGGUGAUGGUGCAGAAGGUGAUGGAGAGGAAGGAGAGGAAGGGGAGGGGAGAGGAGAGUGCGCCGACGCUGGCGGAGCUGAGUCUGAGUGAGGAGGAGCUGAGGAGGUUGAGGAAGAUUGGGAUUGAGACGAGGAAGAAGCUGAAGAUCGGGAAGGCCGGGGUCACGGAGGGGAUCGUGAACGGUAUUCACGAGCGAUGGCGGCAGUACGAAGUUGUCAAGAUCGUCUGCGAGGAUCUUUCUAGGUUGAACAUGAAGAGAACCCAUGAUUUGUUGGAGAGGAAAACUGGAGGUCUGGUUGUUUGGAGGUCUGGAAGUAAGAUAGUGUUGUAUAGGGGGGGCAAUUAUAAGUAUCCUUACUUUUUGUCGGAUGGGGUUUUGGAAAAUGACAACUCGGCUGAUGCUUUACUGGAUUCGAACACGGAUGAUGGAGGACAUAAUAAAAAGGAGAGCUGCUCAUCCAGCAUAAAUGAUGUAAAAUCUGCUGCAACAAGUCCAACCAAAAAAAUGUCUCAACCAAAAUUAAUACAAGGUGUUGGUAUGCCAAAUCGAGUACGAUUUCAACUGCCAGGUGAGGCACAGCUUGCAGAAGAAGCUGAUCGCUUGUUAGAGGGGUUGGGCCCGCGUUUUACUGAUUGGUGGGGUUAUGAACCUCUUCCUGUUGAUGCUGAUCUUCUACCUGCCAUUGUUCCUGGAUACAGGAGACCUUUCCGCCUUCUUCCAUAUGGUGUGAAGCCUAUAUUAACAAAUGAUGAAAUGACCAUUUUAAAAAGACUUGGUCGACCCUUGCCAUGCCACUUUGUGUUAGGCAGAAACAGGAAUCUUCAAGGAUUGGCUAUUUCCAUCAUCAAGCUCUGGGAGAAAUGUGAGAUUGCCAAAAUUGCUGUCAAGAGAGGAGUACAAAACACUAAUAGUGAGAUGAUGGCUGAAGAGCUGAAGCGGCUGACAGGAGGAUCACUGCUUUCCCGGGAUUCGGAAUUUUUUGUCUUAUAUAGAGGAAAAGAUUUUCUGCCAUCUGCGGUUUCUUCUGCAAUAGAAGAGCGGAGGAAGCAUGGAAUUCAUGGGGAGAAAGAGAGGACAAAACAUAGUGCUUCGGUGACAACUGCACAGGAGCUUAAAUUUGGGAUUGCAGAGUUUGGUUCUGAAAGUGAACUUGAUGGGGCCAAUGACGAGGAAAGGGGUCUUCUCUCAGAAGAAAGAAAGCCAAGGUCCACAGAGGCAGCUAUCAAAAGAACUAGCUUCAAAUUAUCAAUGGCAUUAGAAAAGAAAGCAGAGGCAGAGAAACUUCUAGCAGAGCUUGAGAAGGCAGAGGUCACCCAAGCACCUGAAAUAGAUAAAGAGGGUAUAACCGAAGAAGAAAGAUAUAUGCUAAGGAAGGUUGCCCUGAGAAUGAAGCCUUUCCUACUAAUGGGUAGACGAGGGGUUUUUGAUGGAACAAUUGAGAACAUGCAUCUUCACUGGAAGUACAGGGAACUUGUGAAGAUAAUAUCUAAAGAGAGCAACAUUGAAGCUGUUCACAAAGAAGCACGGACCUUAGAGGCAGAAAGUGGUGGAAUAUUAGUGGGGGUUGAAAGAGUGAACAAGGGUUACGCAAUCAUCAUGUACCGUGGAAAGAAUUAUAAACGACCUGCUUCUCUAAGGCCUCAGACACUCCUUAGCAAAAGAGAAGCAAUGAAGCGCUCUAUAGAGGCACAGCGCCGUAAGUCUCUGAAGCUUCAUGUUUUGAAGCUUACUAAAAACAUAGAUGACUUGAAACUUCAGUUGGUUAAAGACGAGGAGACAAACAAUAAGCAGUCUGCUGAUGAACCGAGACAAAUACUUGGCAAAGAGGAUAUGGACAGUGUGCAGCCAGUUGAAUGUUUGAGUUUACAUGCAGAAUUUAAAUCUGGUCCAGCAAUUCCUGCUUGCCAUGAAGAGAACACAGAGGCUAAGGUCAAACAUGAAGCACAUUCAACUCUCAUGAAACUAAAUGAUGGCAUGGAUGCUUCAAUAAACAGCCCCCAAGCCACUCAACAGGAUAUACUGAUUGGUCUCCCAUCAACACCUGAGGGGGAUGGGACUGGUAAAGUUGACGGAAGAUCUUCAUCUGAAUCAGUUGGAAAAGAAACCCAUGCAAAUUUGUUAAAGGAUAUGAAUGGUGAAGUUGGAACUGCUGUCUCUACAUCUUGCCCUGAUAAUUUUAUGUCAGAAAGAAUGAGCUGUCCUGCAGUAGUUCAACAUUGUGUUUAUAAUAACCAAGCAAUAGAGUCACCAGUUAAGUCAGCAAAAAUUGAUUCUGAACCAGUUCCAAUAAUGGUGGAAAAUGGAUCGAAGAUGCCUAGCAGAGCUUUACAUCUUUCCAAUAAAGAGAGGCUUCUUCUACGAAAGCAAGCCCUGAAGAUGAAAAAACGCCCGGUACUAGCAGUAGGGAGAACCAACAUGGUCACUGGUGUCGCAAAAACAAUCAUGACGCACUUUAAGAAGCAUCCUCUUGCUAUAGUGAAUGUCAAAGGUAGAGCAAAAGGAACUUCAGUCCAGGAGCUGGUUUUUCAGCUGGAGCAAGCAACAGGUGCAGUUCUUGUCUCUCAGGAGCCUAGCAAAGUCAUACUUUACAGGGGUUGGGGGGCAGGAGAUAAACCUUUGCAUCCGGAAAAGAAGAAUGUUAGUGCCGCUGGGAAAGAGGGUGGGACUCGGCCAACUGUCUCUCCUGAACUCUUGGCUGCAAUCAGACUGGAAUGUGGGCUGUAGAGUUGCGACAAGGAAGAGGCAACUCUAUAGCCUGGAAUUGAAGCUUGUAUCCAUGGUAUUGCUGCAACCAUCCAUCCCAUGAUUUCCCCUCCUGUGAAAUACUCUCCGACUCUGAGCCAAUGGUGAUAAAAUGAGUACUGCUAUUUAAUAGAUUGUUAUACGGUCACCAUAUAACUUGAUGAUGUGUCGAUAAAAAUCAAUUCUUAGAUCAGCACUAGACUGAAUUUCACUUUAAUCUUAACCUGAUCAAUUUAAUUAAUUAAAUGUGCAAGACUUUUCACCUUUAA